AUGCGUCACAUUCCCGACUCCUCCAAUGACACUGAGAUCAAACAUUCGAACUUUCUUGUAAACCUCGUGGCCCAACCAUCUGGUGUCAUUCCUGGACUCGGGUGGUUCUUACUGCCACCAAGUCUUAAGCCAUUCCAUUUUUACAAAGCUCCAAUUCCUGCUGCUCCCACCACUUCUUCUAAUGGAACCCCUAGUAGCUUUGCACCAAACUUUGGAUACGAAGCUUCUGGUCCAAGAUCCAGAGAAGAUCAAGUUCCACCAGUUCCACAACCGUGA